AUGAACUACUUCCACCAGAUCUAUCUCAGCCACGCAAAUAGCGUCGUCACAGACUAUAUCACCAGGGGUAGACGUGAUCAAAUUUCCCGCGCAAAAAUCGAGGCGGAAAUAUUGAAGGAAAUUGACAAAUCCGAGCUACCCUCGGCAUAUAGAAUUGCUUGGUUUGCUCUGGUAUUGCAAACGAAUACCUUUGACAUCUACUGGCUGGGACAACGGAACCAGCACCAUCUUAGUAGAAAGUCCAUCGCUCGUCUGGAGCCUGAUUUGUCUCUUAUCAAUGAAUGCGUGUAUGAGAGCCCUGAGAGCUCUCCUGAUGCCUCUGACGACGAGCUACCUGCAUCCCCUGGGGUAGAGGCGAGCACUGAAAUUGGCCCUCUGAUCCCUGAUUCAAGCUCAAAUGACGACGAUAGCUCGAGCGAUAGGGAAGCAUCUCCAGAAACCCUUAAUUCAAGCCCACCUCCUCGUUCUGGCUGUGAGACACAAGGUGUCAAUGGCGAAGCAGCAGUGCAGAGUAUUGAAGGUCAGACCCAGCGCCCGCAGUAUGGAGGAAAAAGCCUCCCUGAGGUGAUUGCUGCGACAGUUACAGGAGCAACCCGAAAGAUUACUCCUGGACGAGCACUAUCAGCCCAGCGCGAUUCUGUGGAGCCAACCCAUAAGGGGCGCAAGCCCACCCGGGCUGCAGCGACUCCAAAGAAACCAAGGGCCACAAGAAUGAAAGCGCCACCCAAGAAAAGGCGCGACGUCGCGGCAAAAAUGCCGAAAAUUGCUAUCACGACUACCAUAGAUGAAGUCGACGAGGAUGGCAAUAUUUCCGAUCCAGCCUCACAUGUCGAGACCCCAACGCCAAAUAACGACAACGCUGACACCGAUCCAAAAGAGGCAGCAAAGUGGCUACGUUGCCAGAAGGCUUGGGAAACCCGCCGACGCAGGGCUGCUGAAAGAGCAGCUACCGCGGCCAAAGAAUUGGCAGAGGAACAAGGAAAUGGGCGCACUUUCUCAACAGUGGCAGCGAGCGCAGCUGGUAGUGGUGCCGGCAAGGCGCGAGGCAGGAAGAACAAAACAGUGCGUUUCAACAUCCCUGAAGACAAAUUCUGA